AUCUAUGAGAAUUAUGGUUCAAAACAAACGAGUGGAAUAUGAAAAUGAAGGUUUCGAAUGAGAGUACAGAUACGGAUCCACUGAUGGGAAAUUGUGCCUGUGAAAAUUCGGAAUUAACGGACAAUGUAGUAGUUAUACAUGAUUUGCAAGAUUGUGUUGACGACAGUCUUGACUUUUCGCCUUUUGUAAUCGGAAGAGAAUGUGAUCAGUUUCCUGUAUACACUACUAAAUUCGAUAAAGAGAAUGUCCGUGAAUCGCACAGCACUGAAGAACUGUGUGAUAAUAACGAAAAUGAUGGGUACAUUUAUCACACCAUCACUUCUGAUGAAAUUUACAUGCAAAUUAAUCCUGGUAACUCAGGUUUUAUGCCUGACAAUCCUUCUUAUGCAACUAUUACUGUUGAAUCAACUAAUCCAGAAACCAAAAAGAAAGAAAUUAAUCGAUAUAGAUGUGAAUAUAAGGCUUGUAGUCGUUCAUAUAGCACAGUUGGCAACCUUCGAACACACAUGAAAACACACAAAGGUGAAUUCAGAUUCAAAUGCAAUGAGCCAGAUUGUGGAAAAGCAUUUCUUACGUCUUAUAGUUUGAAAAUUCACGUUCGAAUCCACACAAAAAUUAAGCCAUUUGAAUGUAAUCAUGAAGGAUGUGAGAAAGCCUUCAAUACGUUAUACAGGUUGAAAGCACAUCAACGCAUUCAUAGUGGACACACAUUUAACUGUGAGAGCAAAGGCUGUUUAAAAUUUUUCACUACAUUGAGUGAUCUCAGAAAACAUACUCGUACACAUACACAAGAAAGACCUUUCAGGUGUAAAGAAGAUGGAUGCGGAAAAGCCUUUAUCGCUUCUCACCAUUUAAAGAACCAUCUUCGCACUCAUACAGGGGAGCGCCCAUAUUCUUGUUCCCAUAUAGAGUGUGGCCGUGUUUUUUCCACUCCUCAUAGCUUAAAGUCUCACAUCAAAAUGCAUGAAAAAAGUGACUCACAACUUAGCAGUAAAAAUAAGGAUGACCAAGCAGAUGUGGGAAAUUCGAUGAUGGUACCAAAUGAAAAUAUUCAAGUGUUUCUUAGUUCAGUUACUGAAGAUAAUUUAAAUGAAUUAGUUGUUGAAGACUGUUCCAGUGCUGAAGAGUUAAAAGGCCGAAUUGAAAGCAAUGACUAUGAGACUAGUUCUGUAGAAGUAGCACCAGAAGUAAAUAUUGUCUCACCAGGGAAAAUAUUUGACUCUUCAUCUCUGCACUCGGAACCAAUAAAUGGUUCUGUGAGUUUCUCUUCAAAUAACAAUGUUACCAAAGAAAUUGAAAGCUCUAAACUCAAUAGUCCUCUAUUGGAGAGUUUAACAACCGAAAAUAAGUUUCAGUCUGAACUAUCCACUAGAACAUCAAAUGAAAUGUUAACUAAUCUAAAGUGUAUACAGUUUGUUUCAUUAUGUAAAUUUUCUAAUAUUGAAGACCAUGAAAUUUCUGAUUUAUUUGUUGGUGCCAACUCGCCAAAAACUAUGUACAACCAAAAUCUUGAUAUUAAUGUAAAUAAUAGCAACAGUAUUUGCUAUACAGAUUUAGAAAAAAGUAAAGAAAAAAUUACAGAAAUGUUAGGUUUGUUGGCAGAUAAUGAUCAGAUAACUAUCGAAACCAGGGUAAAUGAAGAGUCAGAUAUAUUUAAAACAUCAGGUAGCAAUGCAAAUGAAAUGUUAGAUGUAAUGUGUGUAGCUAGUCAUGAUCAGAGCGUUGAAGUAAGUGGUUCACCAGACAGUUUUUUACUAGCAAAUACGGAACCAAUUGUUUCCUCUACUGUUACUGGUCUAGAUAUGGUGAAUGCAAUGUUGGCAACGUCUCCAAGUACGGAAGAAAUACAAGAUGGCAGAGAAACGGUGCUAGAGUCAGAAAAUGCAGUUUCCUUUUCUAUGCAAGAUUCGCCUGGUUUUAGUGGGCAUGCUGUACAAGCAACAAACUCUUGCUUGGAUAAUGAAGAGGAUGAAAGAGCCCAGUGGAUAGAUAUCAUGGAUUGUGCUUCAUUUGAAGAAACAUUAAGUGAUUCUGUAAACGUAAAUUCGUUUGUUAACAACUUAGUGUUAAAUCAGAAAGACUCCUUGUCAGUUUCUAAACUAGGAAAUACUGAUAUUAGUAUAGAUGUGCCAUCCAGUGAUUUUAAUUCAUGUUUAUCUGAAGUAAGUAACUUAAGCUCUUUGUCUUCAAAUAAGUAUGUAAAUGAAUCUAGUAGAGAUAUUCUAAAACUAAUCACUGCAGAUGCAGAUAUUUGUAAAUGCAAUCCAUGUAAUUGUGAUUCUCUAAACGGUGACUGUCAAAUGUGUAAUCACAGCUAUUCAGAAUCACUUCCAUCACACACGACUCAUUUAGAGCAACCAAUUUCUUUUUAUGAAACUAGUCCAGAAAAUAAUGUGUUCGACAUUUUGCCAGACCCCUUAGUAUCUCCUGAUAUCUCCAGGGUGUCCUCAGAGCCAGAGAUAAGUAGUUGUGAUUCUGAGCAAAGAAACAAAAACAUUGAGUCAUACAUCCAGAAUGACCAACAUGAACCCAAUUGUUUGCUUGUACAAGUGUUACCAUCUGAAAAAAAUAGUUGUUGCCACACUGAUAGUGAAGCUGAAAUGGGGCUGAAUAUUUCUAGUCUUAACGAAGAAUCAUGUUGCAACAGUGAUUCAGCUCGUAAUAAUAAUUUGUUUACAGUUAGGAAUGAUGGUACGAAUAGCAUGAAUGCUUCUAGUGAUUGCACGAGGAAGCCAAAUGUUUCUUCUGAAAGAGAUGGUAAAAGAGGGAGCAAGGCAGAGCCGUGCUGUGUUGUUGUUUGCCUUAAAGCUUUAGGUGAGUUACAAAAAGUGAUAAAAAAUGGGUGCUGCUCUGCUGCAGGCAAUUCCUUGCGAGCUUUAGCAGUUCAGGCCUCAGUUUACAAUGGUGUAUGUGAUUCUGAGUGUUGCGCCAAAAUUUAAAUUAACAUUUGCUCCUGUAAAUAUAACCUUAUUUUUAAAACCAUCUUAACUGUUAGGUUGUAGAGAGUUUAAAAAAUUUUAGUACAAAAAAUUGCAAUGUAAAAUUCUCACUUUAUGGUGGCUGCUAAGGUCAUUUAUAUUAUGCCAAUGAAUUAACCAAUUUUUCCUGCAUUAGAAGUGUUUCAUAGGGUUCAAGGUGACAUGGUUUGAGGAGUGUGGAAAGCCAAAAAUACAAUGCAACUGCUUGGUGUGUGGAGCUGGUUGCGUCCUGUGGAUGGGAAUGGCUCACCUUUACCUCCCUUACGUGCCAUGACCACUCUCUCCUCAAUAGGCGUACAGACAGGAGCGGCAGGGUAGAAUGUUCUCAAUGUAUUCAAACUAAUCCCACACUCUUGUGGCCUCCGCAAUCCUGAAAUCCCAGCGCUACCAAUCUGCGCUGGAGCUCAGUAUUUCUCAUGCUGGUAUGGCAGCUAUUUCAUAAUGAAGGCCUUUUCAAAAGCAUUCAAAACUGUGUUUUUUUAUUGUUACUUGUGUACUUAAAUCUUAAUAUUAGGAAUCAUUAGCAAUAGUUACACUGCCAUCAAAUUUACGAGUACUUUUAGCACAAUUUACAACUAGAAAUUAAAUGUCUCUUGUUGUAUUCUGUAGGAAAAAUAAACAAAUAUAUGUAAAAUGCUCGAAAAAAACAAGCACUCAUAAAUUUUUUAUAACAAAAUAUUAUUUAAAUUUCUGGUACUUCACUGUUACAGUUCUGCUGAUUUUUAUGUGAAAGAAUGUAUAUAAAUUCAUUUUAAAUUUUUAUGAGACUAUAGGUUUAUAUGAAUAAUCACAAUGACCAUUCAAUUACAUAACUGAAAUGUUACUAUAAUUAUACUUACUUUUAAACUGCAACUGUUUGCACUGUUUUUAUUUGAAUGUAGAUUGCAUGCAGUAAAACUUCAACAUAAAUGAAUUUAUAAGACUUACAUUCACAGUCAAAAUUUUUCCUAGUACUGAUUAUUUACACCGUAACAUGAUGUAUGUAACACAUUUUUACAUGUAAUUUAACAAAUUAACAAAAAUAUUUCAUUUCAGCCUAAACUAUUACUGUUUGCUUAAACAACUAUCAAUUACAAAUAUUCUUGGUUUAAUUAAAAAUAUUUCUGUGUACUUAACAGAUCAUCCAGUAUUUUAAAAGGGUUUAAAUUUAUAAAAACACUUUUUUUGAUUUAUCUUGAAAGCACACAUGCAUUAUUUAAUGCAUGAAAUUAGAUGUGAACAAAGUAAUUUUCAAUUCAAAAUAACUAUUUAAGCAGCUGUUAUCACAUGAUGGCAAAAUGCUCUCUUGUUGGUUUGAUAUAACUAGGAUAUGACUACUUCCACACAUGGCAUAAUAUAGUUAAUAGUCGAGAUAUUAGAAUUUUCUGGGGCUGAAAGUUUUUUAAAGGUAAGUGUAAUGUAUUUUCUUCUUUUUUAUUGCUAAAAUUUACAACAGUAUUGGUUCAGUAUGUGAUAAGAGUCUUGCCAAUCACCUACAACAAGUUAAUGCAGAAUAAUGGCUGCCUAAGUUUUGUUUGUAUUGAAGAUAAUUUUUUAUAUAUGAGGCGAAAAGUGAUUAUGGAACCAAAAUUUAAAUAUAAAACAUUGGCAUGCAUUGUAAAUGCUUUUCGAAUUUCAAGAAGCACUGCAUUAAAGAUUGUUGUUCCAUUAUAUUGUUAAACAAUCUUAAAUUGCAAUAAACAUCAAUAUAAAAGUAAUGUUUACAAUCAAGAAUAAAACUAUUCAUUGAAUGAUUCUUGCAAUGGGGAAAAUUGAUUUGAAAAUUUUUUUAGGACACAUGCCAUUGCUGGUUACACUGUAUGUCAUAGACACACCUCAAUAAAGGACAAAAAAAAAUGAAUACGCAAACACACAGAAAACAAACCAAAAUCAGCCGAUGUCAAAAGUUAAAUACAUAGACAGUACAGUGAAUUCCGUGGAAGGAAGUAGUCAGAAAAAAUAUCAUUGCACAGACGAACAUUGUGAGCUGACAACGAUGAGCCAGUUGUAAAAAAAUAGUAAAUAAAGAGAGAAACCAACUUUGGAAAACACAAAGACAGACGAACCCAACAAUGAUAUAAUCUGUUCAAUCUGUUCUAAUCUGAUCAGUCUGUUUGUGGCUGAUGACGUGAACAGAUCUGAGUUUUCGAAAUGUCGCAACUGUUUUGUCUUAGGUUGCUUACUAUGUUGGUCUGUGCUGUCAUGGUUGUGGUGUCCAGAAUAUAUUUUAAGUCAUAUCACUAGGUUCAUCUCUGAGUCUCUGUGUUGUACAGAAUUACUGUUUAUAGCCCAAGAAAUAAAGGUUUCAACCUCCAAAAAAUUUAUCCAAAGCUGGAUCUACUAUACUUAAUAACAUAACAACAUACAAAAAGGUUUACCGCUGUAAACCUUGUGCAUAUCACCGAAAACGUGCAGUUAAGUCCUAAAUGACAGCGAUGUACAGCAAGCAGUCCAUUAAAAUGCUUCUGAUUUACGCAGUUUUUAAGGUAGACUCUCCAUAAUUUUAUCAAAAUAAUCUAGAAAUGCUACUAUACACAUUAAUGUUGAAUAAAGUUCUGAAUUUUAACAUUAAAGGUAAGAUAUAAAUUGAUUAAGUAAUUAAAAUAAGUUUUUUUUUAUCUUGGUCAAGGACAUGAAAACAUGAUUCACAUAAAAAUAAAGGAUCAGGUGUAAUAAUCUCGUUUACAAAAGUUGUUGCAUAUUUAAGCUUUAAAGUGACAUAUUUUUCAAGAGGCUAGAAUAAUUGAUUGCAUCACUAGAGCAUUCCUAGUGUAGCAGUGUUGUGUACAUAUUGUGAGUGCUACAACUGCAAGGGCUGGGGUGACUGGCUGCCACGAAAACGAGGUUUUUUAAUUUGGAAAAUUUGACUCAAAUAGAAAUUAUUACAGUGGUAAUAUCAACAUUUUAAGGUUAUUGUAUUGAAAAUUAUUACAAAGCUGAACUAUUGUACAGUGGCAGUAUAAACGUUUCUUAGUAACAUAUCAAAAGUUUAUCACCGAAAACCUUGUGCGUCAAGCCUAAAACGUGAAGUUAAGUACUAAAUGAUUAUUUCUUGCAAUGAUUCACAAAAAUGCAUUUUGUAAAUGCAAUUUCUAUAAUAGACACUUCAGUAUGGACACCAAAAUAAUCAAAAACAAUUUAUUAUUAUACUAGUUAAUAGUGAAAAAAGUAUUAAUGUUUUAACAUAGUAUUAUUUAUAGACAUUAUUGAUAAGUUCUAAAAAAUAAGUUCAUUGCAAUUUUAUUGAGCCAUGUUAAAAAUCCUUCACAAGAGAAAAGUGAUUAAAAUAUCAUCUUAAAUGAAUUAAUUUAACUCAAAAUGCUAAAUCAAAUAAAAUAAAAUAUUUUCGUUUAAGGUAGAAAGUUCUAAUUUUAAACAUGCUAUUUCUGAAUGGUCUUUCCAAAAAAAUUAAUGAUUUCAGUUAAUGAAUUGAAGUCUGGCACAAUGCUUUAAUCAACCACCUCCUUUUAUGGGUAAAUCUUUUGCUACAUAUAUACAUUUUUGAGAUGGUAAUUGCUAUAUGUGUCUGUGGAAUUUGGUACACUAUAUCUUUUGGAAUUCCUUAAAGUUAGUUCUUUGUGACAUUAGCACACGUAACUUUGAGAAAAUUCUUUUUAAAUCAAACAUGCUUCACCACAAGCUUACAUAUCAGUAUGACAUUGCACGAGGGUCAAGUUCGAAAGGUGCAUAUUGGCAAGCAGUUUAAAUGUAAGUUUUGUUUUGGUCAUAGGUCUUUCAAACCCAAUUAAACAAGCAUAAAACUUUGUAGUUGUUGUACUGGUACAGCACAGUUUUGAAAACAGCCCUUGCAAAAAGUUUUUUUUUUUAAUGAUUUUAAAGAACAUGGCAACUGGCCAGAAAAUCCUUUUUUGUUGUUAACAAACAUUUAGUAAAAAAAUAUAUUCCUGAGCUAUAGGCUUUACUGCAUUAGUCUGUAUUAAAGUUCCGCCACCCCCCCCUCCCUCCCCCCCCCCCCCCCCCUCAUAAAGGAGCUAGUGCUCAGAGUGUAGUUAGGAUAUACUGAUCUAAGUUUGUAUUUUCUACAAUAAUUAUAGCAAAUUGAUUCAUUAAUUUUGUCGGUGUAAUUUUGAUUAGUUAAUUUGCUAUGAUUUUGUUUUUGUUUAGUAACAAUUUUCAUGGGUGCACAUGUUUGUUUGCUGUCCCUCGUGGGCCAUGCCCUGAAUAGGUGGUUGCAACCGCUAGCACUACGAUACUCUCCACAUCAUGGCAAGCUUGGCAGCUAACCAUAAAUGAGAUUGCCAUUUUAAUUUACAAGUGGUUUGUUUUUUUCACCAAAACUGUUGGUGCAGCCUUAAUAUACUCUAACUUAAGAGUAUUUGUGUAAUAACAAAUUGCUUUAUUUUAUGGUGCUUACAGUGGUAAAAAUUGCCAAUUAAUGCGUUAAAUCAUAAUGACUAGUCAGUUUGCUCAAUUAGAAUUAGACUACUACAAGUUUAGAUGUUUUAAAGUGUUGUGUGAUUUCUAUAUGUAUACUGAUUGUUUGCAACCAUGAAUUUCUAAAAACAUUUUAUUUGUAGCCCUGUGUGAAUAUUUAAAAUUUAAACUAGAAAAGCUAAUAAUUUGGUAUUUGAAUGUUAUUCUACUUCAAAUACUUUAACUUCAAAAUAAUGAACAUUUGAUUAUAUUUUAAGUAUAUAGUGAAUCUGUUGCAUAGCACCUCAUGUAACUAUCAACACUAAGGUUAAAAGUCACUGUUGUCCAAUAUAAAUUAGUACGUACAUAGGUGGAAGUAUAUUAAUGAGCGUGAUGUAACUAUCCAGAGUUUAAUUUAACCUAUGCAAAAGAACAGCAGAAUGGCUAAAGUUCAGACUGUGGGAUAACCUAUAAUUUAGAAAUUGUUUAAGUUGAAGAAACAAAAUGAGUGAACAGUGAAAAAUUCAUAACCGCUACAAAAAAAAUCCCAAAAAUGAAGACCACACUGUGUUUUAGUAUUUUUAACUAUUGAUGUGAAAUAUUUAUUGCUUUGUACAAAUCCAUAUAUAAGUAUUUGUUGAAAAAUGGUUUUAAAACUUUAUAAAAAUAAGUUUUAAGAGAUUAUUAGAUUUUUUGGAGAAUAUUUUGAUAUUUGUAUUGGGAAUUGAACUGUAAAACUGAUAUUCACAUAGACCUAAAUAUGAGACUUAUACUAUAUACUUUUAAGCAUUUUGUUAUUAGAUUGUUGGAAUUAGUGAACAGUAUCUAUAAAUGUUAUUGUUUUUGGAGUUUUCUAUUUAAUUAUUUUGUCUGUUAAAGCCAUUCUAAUGAUGGUUGCUAGUCUGUCUGAUACUCCUAAUAAAUGGUAAGAUGUUCA